AGAUAGAUAGAUAGAUAGAUAGAUAGAUAGAUAGAUAGAUAGAUAGAUAGAUAUCACUAUCUACUCGUGUAAAAAGUCACUUUCCCUUUUUUUUUCCAUAAGCACCGAAAGGCCACAAUCAGAGAAUCACAGAAUUUAGGCUGGAAAAGCACUCUAAGCCCGACUCCAGCCCUGCCAAGCCCCACCAGCGAGCCAUGCCCCAAGCGCCACAUCCACGCUUUUCUGUUAAACCCUUCCGGGGUCGCAGGCAGGUGAUGUCCGGGGGGAUCUGCAGCGGGAGGGGGCUGCAGCUGCCGGCACCGAGCCCCUCCUCGCAGAGGCGGCGCCUGCGCCCGGUGACAUCAGCCCCGGGCCCCGGGAUGCUGAGCCCGGCUCGGGGAAGGCGGAUCCCGCUCCGCUCGCAGCUCCGCAUCCCGACAGGGCGGAGGGGCCAGCGGGGCGCAUCCCCCCAUCCCGUGCCCCCCGCCCGGCCACCCGCAUCCCCGCGGGCGCCGAGGGGAGCGGGGAUGCCGCGGUAGCAGCCGCCGAUGCUCGCCCUGCUGCUGUCGCUGCACACCCUGGGCCGGUCCCUGGCCAUGGCGAGCGCGGAGCGGCUGGCGGUGCCCGAGUGUGUGAGCCGGGCGAGCGGCUGGGCGAGCGGGGGCAGCGGCCCGGGGCACGACGGGGUCUCCCCCGGGGUGGGCACCGAGGUGCGGGAGGCGCUGGAGCGGGUCCUGCCCGUGCUCCGCCGCUCCAUCGCCCACGCCACGCAGGCGGCCACCCCCGAGGGGCUGCGGGCAGCCCUGUCCGAGGUGUUCCGGCUGGUGGAGGAGGCCUGGGCCAUGCCGGCCGUGGGCAGGGACGUGGCCAAGGUGCUGUGCGAUGUGAUCCGCCUGGAGGGGGGCCUGGACCUGCUGCUGCACCUGCUCUACACCGCCGAGCUGGAGGUCAAGUGCCAGGCGGGGAAACUCCUGGAGCAGAUCCUGGUGGCAGAAAACCGGGACCGGCUCGCCCGGGUCGGUCUGGGCGUCAUCCUCAACUUGGCCAAGGAGCGGGACAUCCCUCAGCUUGCCCGGAGCCUCUCGGGCAUCCUGGAGCACAUGUUCAAACACACGGAGGAGACCUGCUCGCAGCUCAUCUCCGACGGGGGCCUGGACACCGUGCUGUACUGGUGCCGCUGGACAGACCCCGCCGUGCUGCGCCACUGCGCCAUGGCCCUGGCCAACUGCGCCAUGUACGGUGGCCACGCCAACCAGCGCCUGAUGAUCGAGAAGAAAGCGGCCGAGUGGCUUUUCCCGCUGGUGUUCUCCAGGGACGACGAGCUGAUCCGGCUGCACGCCUGCCUGGCCAUCACCGUGCUGGCCACCAACAAGGAGAUUGAGAAGGAGGUGGAGCGCUCGGGCACGCUGGCGCUGGUGGAGCCCUUCAUUGCCUCGCUGGACCCGGAGCGCUUCGCCCGCGAGAUGCUGGGCAGCAGCGACAACGUCCAGGGCCGGACGGCGCAGGAUCUGCAGCGCCUGGUGCCGCUGCUGGACAGCUCCCGGCUGGAGGCUCAGUGCAUCGCCGCCUUCUACCUCUGCACCGAGGCCACCAUCAAAGCCACACAGAAGAAAACACAGAUCUUCAGUGAGAUUGGGGCGACGCAGAGCCUGAAGAGGAUUGUGUGCUACUCCACCAGCAGCACCACCUCCUCACUAGCCAAAAAGGUGCUGCGCCUGAUAGGGGAGGAGGUUCCUCGGCGCAUCCUGCCCACCGUUCCCAACUGGAAGUCCUGCGAGGUGCAGACAUGGCUGCAGCAGAUCGGGUUCAACAAAUACUGCCAGAGAUUCCUGGAUCACCAGGUUGAUGGGGACAUUCUCCUGAGGUUGACAGAGCAGGAGCUGCAGAAGGAUUUGGGGAUGGACUCCAGCAUCACUCGGAAAAGGUUCUUCCGCGAGCUGACGGAGCUCAAGACCUUCGCCGACUACUCCACGUGUGACCGCAGCAACCUGGCCGACUGGCUGGGGGGCAUCGACCCCAAAUUCCGGCAGUACACCUACAACCUGCUCACCUGCGGCAUCGACCGCAACUUCCUGCACCGCGUCACGGAGCAGCAGCUGCAGGACGACUGCCACGUCCACACCGGCUUCCACCGCGUCCGCAUCCUCACCGCGGCCAGGGAGACGCUUCACUCCCCCAUCACGCUGCAAACGGCGUCCAAUGGCACCGAUGUGUUCAUCAGCUACCGCCGGAGCACCGGCUCGCAGCUGGCCAGCCUGCUGAAGGUGCACCUGCAGCUCCACGGCUUCAGCGUGUUCAUCGACGUGGAGAAGCUGGAGGCGGGGAAAUUCGAGGACAAGCUGAUCCAGAGCGUCCUGAGCGCACGGAACUUUGUGCUGGUCCUCUCGCCCCACGCGCUGGAUAAAUGCAUGGAGGACCCCGAGUGCAAGGACUGGGUGCACAAGGUGAGAGAUGCCACCAGGUGGGAGCUGUGGGGACAUCGGGGUGAUGCCUAAA